UACUGCCCAUUUCCCAGUCACAAUCUGUAUAUUUAUAUAUCAAUAAGUAAAAUGAUUUUUUUCUCUAUUUGCAGAGAGCGGUGCCGAAACCGGACCCAGUUUUUUUAAAAAAGUGCUUUGGUCUGGUAUGGUUGUGAUGAUCUUGAUCGGCUUGUACGGGAUAAUUAAAUUUAAAAUGCACAAAAUGGUUAUCGACGCAGUAAAAUGGUGCUUUACGCCACAUAAAACGGAUGACGUCGAUGAAGCACUUGAUGAAGUUCUAACUGGGGAAGACUUGCUGAAGAUGUUAAAAGUACAAGAUGAAGGCAGCAGUGAAAAAGGCAGUGAUCGAAGUGGCAGUGAUGAAAGUGAAAGUGCAAGUGGCAGUAGUGAAUCUGGCAGUAAUGCCAGUAAUAGUAGCACUAGUGGCAGUGAUGAAAGUGGCAGUAAUGCCAGUAAUAGUAGCACUAGUGGCAGUGAAUAAACGUGACAGCAGUGAAGAUGAGGAGGACUUUGCAACUGCCUUCUUGUUAUUUUCCAUCCUUAGAAGAAUUUGUCACUGUGCGACGUCAUUGGACUUUACAAAUACAUAGUGCUAGAAUGCCGCAAGAUGACCCUCAUGUUCUCUAUUCAUAUUCAUGUCAAUAAAAUUUACCAAUAACUAUAAA